UUCUCGCCGCUCGCCGUCCUUAGCAGAGUCCGUAGUAGGAAAGCUUCUGGUUCCUGCCUCCCCUUCCCUUUUCUCGUCCCCUUCCGUCUUUCCUUUGUGGCUGCUUCUCUUUUUUUUUCUACUGCUGCCCCGGGUCUGGGCCAUUUUCCGGGCCGGGCGCACCGAAGCGCGCGGCCCCGGGGCCCAGUUUAUGACCCGCUGUCCUACUACCCCUUGCUUCCCCCGCCCCAUGUGGCUGCGGGGCCGCGGCGGCGCUGCCCACUAUGGCCCGGAAAGCAGUUAGCAGGAAGCGGAAAGCGCCUGCCUCGCCAGGAACUGGGAGCGACGGUCAGGGUCCGCAGUUUGGCUGGGAUCACUCACUUCACAAAAGGAAAAGACUUCCUCCAGUGAAGAGAUCCUUAGUGUAUUACCUGAAGAACCGGGAAGUAAGGCUACAGAAUGAAACCAACUAUUCUCGAGUGUUGCAUGGUUUUGCAGCACAGCAACUCCCCAGUCUUCUGAAGGAGAGAGAGUUUCAACUUGGGACCCUUAAUAAAGUGUUUGCAUCGCAGUGGUUGAAUCAUAGGCAAGUGGUGUGUGGAACAAAAUGCAACACGCUAUUUGUAGUGGAUGUCGAGACAAGCCAGAUCACAAAGAUCCCCAUUCUGAAGGACCGGGAGCCUGGAGGUGUGACCCAGCAGGGCUGUGGCAUCCAUGCUAUUGAGCUGAAUCCCUCUAGAACACUGUUAGCCACAGGAGGAGACAAUCCCAACAGUCUUGCCAUCUAUCGACUGCCUACACUGGAUCCUGUGUGUGUGGGAGAUGAUGGACACAAGGACUGGAUCUUUUCCAUUGCAUGGAUCAGCGAUACUAUGGCAGUGUCUGGCUCGCGUGAUGGUUCUAUGGGACUCUGGGAGGUGACAGACGAUGUGUUGACCAAAAGUGAUGCAAGGCACAAUGUGUCACGGGUCCCUAUGUAUGCUCACAUUGCUCACAAGGCCUUAAAGGACAUCCCCAAGGAGGACACAAACCCUGACAACUGCAAGGUCCGGGCUUUAGCCUUCAAUAACAAGAACAAGGAAUUGGGAGCAGUGUCUCUGGAUGGCUACUUUCAUCUCUGGAAGGCUGAAAACACAUUGUCUAAGCUCCUCUCCACCAAACUUCCCUAUUGGCGGGAGAAUGUGUGUCUGGCCUAUGGUAGUGAAUGGUCAGUGUAUGCAGUGGGCUCCCAAGCUCAUGUCUCCUUCUUGGAUCCACGGCAGCCAUCAAACAGUGUCAAGUCUGUAUGCUCUAGGGAACGAGGCAGUGGGAUCCGGUCAGUGAGCUUCUAUGAGCACAUCAUCACUGUGGGCACAGGGCAGGGCUCCCUGCUCUUCUAUGACAUCCGAGCUCAGAGAUUUCUGGAAGAGAGGCUGUCGUCUUGUUACGGGUCUAAGCCCAGGCUAGCAGGGGAAAAUCUGAAACUAACCACUGGCAAAGGAUGGCUGAAUCACGAUGACACCUGGAGGAAUUACUUUUCAGACAUUGAUUUCUUCCCCAAUGCUGUUUACACCCACUGCUACGACUCGUCUGGAACGAAGCUCUUUGUGGCAGGAGGUCCCCUCCCUUCAGGGCUCCAUGGGAACUAUGCUGGGCUCUGGAGUUAAUGGCAACUAACUUUCUCCUAAAAUGCAGAUUUACACUAACAUCUACCCUCAGUUUCCUUGUUUCUUCCUUUGAUUUGUUUUCCCGAUUGUGUGAGGCUUUUCUGUUUUAGUGGGAACACCCAAGUUUGCUGGUGGUUUAGGCACCUAAUAGGAAGAAGCUUUGUACAGAAAUGCAGAGGGUGUUUUUUAUUGUUGUUUCCUUUGUCUUUUCCCAUCUGGUAUUUGGGGGUUUUAUUAUCAUUUUUUUUUCUUUCUAACUUCUCAACCAAACUUUAUUGCAAAUCCUGUUUGUAUUUUUUCUUAAGUGACACAUGCUCUUCCCUCUUUGGCUUCAUAAGGCCGAAAUGACAUGGUCAUUCUCACCCUUACUUCACUCCUGAGAGGUAGGCUCCUUUAUAAUUAUGUGGUAGCUGUCAGACUUUCUGUGAAAGCCUGGGAGCUGUGUGUGUGCGCCCGUGUGCAUGUGAACUUGUGUGCCUAUAGGUAUUGUGUCACUAAAAUUACCUGGAGUGAGGAUUACUUGUAAUUAAAAUAUUUAUAAAAGAAACAACUUUACUCAGAGUCCAACUUUGGGACUGGUCUGUAUCUUGUUUUCUAAAGCCUAACAACAUAAUAGAAAGUAAAACUAGAAAAAAAGUUACUACUAGGAAUAUCCUUAGAGUUAGAUUUCAGAGUGCCUGGGGCUUUCUGUGCCAGGACUCCAAAGUGAUCUACCCCCACCUACCUUCACACCUGUGUGCCCCCCAAGUGAGUACACUUAGGUGUGUGUCACUUUUGCUUGGCAACCUCCCAACUACUUAGCCAGUGGCCACUUUCUGAAAACAUUAAGUGCAGCUCUGGAGGCUGUAGAAAGAUUUGGUAAAGUGAAUCUACAUCCCAGUCUCCUCCUCCUACCCUCAAAUAAGACCUGACCUGGCAUUUCAGAGGUCUGAGGCUGUGGAGGUCGUAAGUCUGUUAAGAUUCCUAUGCAUAGUCCUCUUGGCUUUGAGAAGAAAUUUCUCUACCAUUCUUCCAGUCUCCCUAGUGGGUUUUAAAGCUAUCUUCUAAAUUGGGUUCAGUCCAGGAGGGUGGGGUUAUCUGUGUAAUGAGUGCUUCAUGUGUGGAGUAUUUGUUUUCUCAGUGCCGUGGGGCCUAGGGCUGGAGUCACCUCCUGCUCUGUUGGCUCAGCCCUGGUAUGGUGAUAAAGUGGCCUGUAGCCAGCAUCACUGUGCAUGUAACAGCAUUGAUGUGAUUAGUAACAUGUUUGUACCUCCCUUCACUUGUCUGUUUAGUCUGAGGUUUUUAAACUUGCAGGUAACUAACUGAUACCCAGUUGUUCCUGCUUUUUAUACAUCUUAGUGAAGAAAAUAACUGCUCCUACCCACAGAUUCUUCCUCUGAGGAAAUACAUUGCUUCUUUGUCAACAUCCCAUCCUGGGGAAUGGAAACAUCAUAUAUUUAUUCCUGUACCCCAGUGGCUCUCACAGUUAUCCCCUUCUCUGGGUGUAAGAGGGGAUAUUGGAAAAAAGAGCACUGUCUUCAUAACGUGGGGAGGGCAAACAAGUGUGUCCUAAUUUGGUACACAGCAUACACUGAUUCUGAAAUUCUUCUAACUUAGAGAAAUAGGUGCUAUAAACAAGGAAUUAA